UGGAAAUAUUUUCAAGUGAUAGUGAUAGUGAUCUUGAAUUAUUAGCUCAGCUGUCGGAUUGGGAUAGUAGCGACAGCGAACAAGAGAGAGCUGUGUCCUCAAAAACUUUUCGACGAAUAAACUUCAUGGCAAGUUUAACUGACGCAGAGUUUACAUUCAGAUUCAGAAUGAACAAAGCCUCAGUAGAAUCUGUCUUUAAUGAAAUAAUGCCCUAUAUCAAAGUGAAAUCAAGACGGAAUAAUGGUAUACCACCAUUGCAUCAACUUUUAUUGGCACUUCGAUUUUAUGCAUUGGGUACAAUGCUUAAUUCAGUGGCCGACUUUGCUGGAGUAUCCUUAUCAUCAGCUUGUAGAAUAGUGGCAGAUAUAUCUGCUGCUAUCGCUAGAUUGUAUAACAAAUAUAUUUUUCUGCAUUCUAGAACUACAGAUAAAUUUUAUAACAUAGCUCAAUUUCCUAGAGUAUGUGGUGCUAUUGACUGUACACAUGUACACAUUCAGUCUCCAUGUUCAACAAUAGGAGAGGAAUAUAGAAAUAGGAAAGGAUACUUUUCAAUCAAUGUCCAAGCCGUUUGUGAUGCAGACCUUAAAUUAAUGAAUGUUGUUGCUCGGUGGCCUGGUUCUGCUCAUGAUGCUACAAUUUUUAAUCAGUCAGUAUUAAAAGCCCAGUGUGAAGAUGGUAUUCUAGGAAAUCGCUGGUUGCUCGGGGACAGUGCCUAUCCAAACCGGCCUUACUUGCUCACACCUUUGUUAAACCCAGCAACUGCCCAGGAAAUAAACUACAAUGAGGCCCAGAUAAAAACUAGAAACACAAUUGAAAGGACAUUUGGAGUCUGGAAACGUCGCUUCCCAGUAAUAUCCUUGACCAUGCGGUUGUCAUUAUAUAACAUACAAACAGUUAUAAUUGCUACAGCUGUUCUUCACAAUAUCUGCAGAAAUUAUAACAUUGAAGAAGUACCCCCUGAAGUAGAAAUGCCAGACGAUAAUGAAACUACUGUGAUAUCAGAGAAUUCGGACAGUAUUGAAAAUGAUAUCAGAAAUAGACAAGGACUGAUUUCUAAUUAUUUUUAAAACUUAUUACCUACCUAUUUAUUUUACAAAAAUAUGAAUAGUCUGUCUUGAGAUAAUUUGUAAAUUCCUUUGAUUAGAUUUUUAUCAUUAACAUUUUGUCUUUAUUAUCAUACCUUUUAUUAGCUUCAAAUUAUUAAACAAUGAUAAUUUCAAUAAAACAUUAAUUUU